AUGGUCCCCACGCUUCUGCUGUUUGCACAGGCGCAGGUGGUGGUGCACGACGGCCGGAGGCGGGAAAAGAUCUUCGACUCCAGAGGGGGCGGAUGCGCGCACCAGUUCGGAGAGAAGGGGGACGCCGCGCAGGACGUUCGGUACGCGCUGGACGUCGCCGUCACCUUCGACUGCCACGUGGUUGUCACCGACGCGGGCGACCGCUCCGUCAAAGUGUUUGACUUUUUGGGCCAGGUCAGGCUUGUCAUUGGAGGCCAGUUCACCUUACCGUGGGGCGUGGAGGCCACGCCUCAGAACGGGGUCCUGGUCACUGAUGCUGAGGCCGGGUCCCUACACCUUGUGGAAGCGGACUUCCCCGAAGGGGUCCUGCGGAGAAACGAAAGGCUGUACACUCACCUGUGCGGCCCCCGAAGCGUGGCCGUGUCCUGGCUCAGCGGGGCCAUCGCCGUCCUGGAGCACCCCAUGUCCGCGGGGACCCAGCCCUGCAGCACCAGGGUGAAGGUGUUCAGCGCGAGCAUGCAGCUCCUCAGCCAGGUGGACACCUUCGGGCUGAGCCUCUUCUUUCCCUCCCAGAUAACUGCUUCCGCUGUGGCCUUUGAUCAGCAGGGGAAUGUGAUCGUGGCCGAUACCUCGGGACCAGCCAUCCUAUGCCUAGGAAAACCCGAGGAGUUCCCAGUGCUGAAGCCCAUGGUCACCCAAGGGCUUGCCCACCCCGUGGCACUGGCCUUCACCAAGGAGAAUUCAUUGCUCGUGCUAGACGCUGCGUCCCAUUCUGUAAAAGUCUACAAGGUGGACCGGGGGUGACGGAGUGGUGUGGACCCAGGGCUGGAGUCAGAAGUCCUGGUGCUGUCGCUAGUGAAUUGUCGCUCAAUUCCUCCAUUCAGGCAGAGAUAAUGGUAACCGCCUGGCAGCAUUACAGAGGUUGGGCCAAUUCAAGAGUAACCACCAUUCAUUGAAAGUAUUUUGCCCAUGCUAAGACAUUUGCAGGUGUUAGCUCAUUUAAUUCUUUUAUUUAUUUAUUUAUUUAUUUUAUCAGGGAUCGAACUAUAUAGCCCAGGCUUGCCUUGAACUCACAAUGACCCUCCUCCCUUUGCCUCCUGAGUGCUGGUAUUACAGACAUGCACCCUCACACCCAGCUUAGACUAUAGUUUCUCAUGAUCAGAGCUUCCACAGAGGGGGAGAUAAGUAGAUGAUAUUCACGCAGCACUAUAAAGAUCAUUCAGAGACAAAAUCCUGGAAUCUUGCUAGGUAUCCUUUAUUCUAAGCAAUUUCCACUUUUCUAAACUAUAAAUUCUGAUAUAUUUUAACAGAACCAAUAUUUAAGAUAAAAGCCUACUGGCACUGGUUUUGCAGAACCAAUUCUCAGUGCUCCUUUACUUUUAGUUGUUGUUGUUUUGUUUUUGUACUGGGGAUGUUCACAGAGUGGUGAACGGGACAGUCUCCUGGCCUCCGGAGACAUGAGCAAGUAUGGAGGAAAGGAACCCAGAGGACAAGAGAACUGGGCAGAGAAAAGCGCCUAAAAAUGAGGGAGAGCUGGGGAGGACCCUCUCUCCCUUAGCUCUCACUCCUCAGACCUGCUUGCAGCAUGUGCCCUGUUCCCACAAAGCCAAUGCCACCACAGACGCCUCCCCUUUUCUGAACAGAGGCCACAUGGCAACGGGAGGCACAGGCACGGCGACGGGUGCCCCGCUUCCCUGAAGAAGGGAGAGGUGCUCACACCAUGCAUCAAAAGAUACCCAUUUGUCUUUUUCCAGGGCCGUGUCGUUCCUCCUCGACUCCUGGCUAGAGAUGCACGUCCAGGAUGGACCUCCCAGCCCACUGGCUCCACUCCAAUAUUUAAGAUAAACGCACACUGGCACUGGUUUUACAGAACCAUUUCUCAGUGCUCCUUUGUUUUCUUUUUGUUGUUGUUUUGUUUUUGUACCGGAGAUCAAACUCGGGUCGUUCUGCUUGCAAGGCAGGCAGCAGAACCGCUGAGCUAAAUCCUUGGUCCCCAGUGCUCCUUUCUUUUCACUUAGGAAGUUAGAAAUUCCAAGACAAUAUUUGCCUCAUGAUCUAUGGUAUCGGUACACACUUAGGUCUAAGAAACUUUGUUAAAUCAAAAUAAGAUGAGUUUUCUUAACUUUUUCUUGAGCUGCUUUGGAUGGGAUUGAUCAUUACUUACCCUCCCCAAAUUUAUCCUUUGACUGAGGAACCUAUGAUUUCAGAUAUAGGUGUGAUGUUCGCUGAAGUCAUUCAUAAAAAAUAUGUAUGCAAGAAUUACUGGCAUGUUCAAAAGACAGAACGAAAAUAUCCUCUAACAGCAACAAAUGCAUGCAGUGCUUUCCCCUCCCAUUUUCCCUAUGUUACCCAAUCCUUUCCUAAUAAAUAUUUAUGUUACCUAAGCCUGAAUGAUUUUUCAUGAUGUCAGUUCACAGCUGUUAACUGGAAUUUAUUUUAACACAUGCUAAAGAUGGAAAGGAAGAUUAUUUGACUACCUCAAUGGGGUCAAACUGUUGCAACAGAGAUACAGAUUUAUAGCUAAGGGGCAGAGUGAGAGGGUCAGUGAAUGGAAUUACUCAGAUGAACUUGACCAGUUCUCAGAGGCAGGAAGGUGAAGAACUUAGACAGGAGAAUGCAGAAUGGCAAGGGGGAAAAAA